UCAUGUCACGUGUUGUGAUUUGAUUACGUUGUCUGUAUUUGAUUUUUAAGGCAUUUUAAUUUGUCCAUUAUUGGCAGUUUGUGUCCUCCAUACAUUUCCCUCCUCGGGGCGGUCACCAUCUUGUUCUGUCUGAACUCUUUGAUUCGGUCUGUUGGUGACGUCAGACAAAGAGUAAAUCUGGUCUGUUAUUGGCAGAUUUCCUGAAAAGAGGCGGGAGCAGAGUUUGUAGUGAGCGCUGAUUGGCCGGCGGGUCCGUCGGUCUGUGCUCGUGCGUGUGGCGUCUGUGGGUCAGGUUGAUGGAGCGCUGUGGAGGAGAAACACGGUGAAGGUGCUGCGAGCAGCGGAAACUUUUCUGUGUCCCUCCGCUUCGCGUUUUUCCUUCGUCCCGCCUUUUUCGGCUCUUUUUCACUCACUUUACUUUAUUUUGUCAAACUUCACGGCGGUUUCUCCACUUUACGGUCCCAGUGGUGUCUCCCUGGCAACACGAUCAACUGUCCUGCGAAGUUUGGGUCGGUGUUUUUACCUUCAGCGGAAAAAAGCUGCUCGUUCACGCGCUGAGCUAACGGAACCGAGCCGGGACCGACGGGAGCGCGCGCGGAGGCUCUCCCGGUACUUUUUUGGUUCCGUUUCCGUUCGUGUGGCUCGGACCGGCUCUUCGUCGCGAGACAAUAGUGAGGGAGAGAAAGAGAGAGGGAGCUCGCGCUGGUGGCGGGGAGGGGGGGUCGAUGCCUCGCGGCGCUUUGUUCUGCCCGCUGUGGAGACCUCCCGCGUGCCCGCCGCGGAUACCCGCCGAUCGAUCGGAGUAUUGAUGACCGAGCAGAGCCAUGGACGUCACCCUGUCCGAGCUGCUGGGCGCGUUCAUGGAGUCCCCCCUGGUGGUUUGGGUGCGGACGCUGGGCCCGCUGGGGUCAGGUGACGGCGCCGGCUCAGACGAGCGACUCAGCAUGUUCAUGGAGCUGGUGGACGGCGUCUUCCUGCACAAGAUCAUGACACACAUCGACCCGAGCCCCACCAAUCAGAGGCUGAACAAGAACGUGAACAAUGAUGUGUCGCUGCGCCUUCACAACCUGACAGUCCUCACCAGACACAUCAGGACGUACUACCAGGACACGCUGCAGCAGCUGAUCGUCAUGCCGCUGCCCAACAUCCUCUGCGUCGCCAAGGACCCGAUAUCAGCAAAGAGCAUGGAGGAACUGAAGAGGCUUUUGUUGCUGAUUCUGGGCUGUGCUGUGCAGUGUGAGCGUAAGGAGGAGAUGAUUGAGAAGAUCAAGCUGCUGGACAUUCAGACUCAGGCUGCCAUCGUGUCUCACAUCCAGGAGGUGACCCACAACCAGCUGAAUGUUCUGGACCUGUCCUGGUUGGAGGAAGGAGCAGAGAUCAUCCACGAGGAGCUCGAGCCUCUGUCCCGCAACAUGGCGGCGUCCCUGCGGCAGCUCAUCGACCAGCGAGACAAAGCCAGCGAGGUGAUUGUGGACCUGACCCAGGAGAGGGACUACCUGUCCAGUCAGCAGCCCCAGGACGGGUGCAGGGUCCUGGGCACGAUCGGCCCGGAGCACGGGCGGAGCUCCUCGGGGGCGGGAGUGAAUAACGGCGGCUCAGCCGGGGCGGCGCUAUCCAAGGAAGAGAAGCAGCAUCUGUCCGUGGAGCUCGCUGACACCAAAGCCAAGCUCCGCAGAUACAGACAGGAGCUGGAGGAGAAGACGGAGCAGCUGAUGGAUUCGAGGCAUGAAGUGGAGCGUUUGGAUCAGGAGCUGCAGAGACUGAAACAAGAGAACCAGUCUCUGUCCGUCGAGGCGCGCUCCGCCCGGGUGUACCGGGACGAGGUGGACUCCAUGCGGGAACGAGCCGCUCGCGUCGACCGCCUGGAGACCGAACUGAGCAGAUGCAAAGAGAAGCUCAAUGACGUUCACUUCUACAAAACCCGAGUGGAGGAGCUCCGGGAGGACAACCUGACCCUGCUGGAGACGAAGGUGUUGUUGGAGGAGCAGCUGUCGGCCUCACGGGGGCGUUGUGACAAACUGCACACGCUGGAGAAAGACAACCUGCUACUGCGGGCGAAGAUCCACGACCUGGAGAUGGAGCGGGACAGCGAGCGGCGACGGCUGGAGGAGCUGGUGGAGGAGAACAUGCUGCUGGAGAUCGGACAGAAGCAGAGCAUGAACGAGUCGGCUCACCUGGGCUGGGAGCUGGAGCAGCUCACCAAGAACCACGACAACACCAACACCGAGACCCGUAAGUCUCUGGUCGACGAGCUGAAUGAGUGCGUCUCCAGCCGCAUGCUGAAGCUGGAGAAGGAGAACCGGGAGCUGCAGGCGUCCAUAGAGAGGCUGAAGGAGGAGAACCACCUCCUGCAGGAGCAGCAGCUCCACACGCAGGAGCUGGACCGGGAGAACCAGAGUCUCAGCAACAAGCUGGAGCGUCUCCAGGGUUUACUGGACCAGGAGAAAAUAACCAAUCAGGACAUGGAGGCUCUGGGGGAGGAGCUACUGAAGGAGAAACAGACUCUGGAGCGCGAGCUGCACGCUCUGAAGGCGGAGAAGGACCGACAGAUCUCAGAGCUGGAGAGCGAGAAGCAGCACCUGUCGGAGGCAGUGGCGUCCCUUCAGGAGCGCGCUCAGUCUAACAGCGUGGCGAGGGUCCGCGAGGUGGAAUCAGAGAACCGCCUGCUGCACCAGAGCAUCACCGACACCAGCUCCCGAUUGGCCAGCCUGGAAACGCAGCUCAAAGUAUCCAAUGAGGAGACAGAGAGGCUGAGUGAGCGGGCGGGGCGGUGUGAGGAGGCGGAGCGAGAGGUGGCGCGGCUGGAGAGGAGUCGGGAGGCGCUCAGCAGAGAGGUGGCGUCUCUGCGGGUGUGCAGCGAGCGCUCCGAGGCUCUGGAGAAACAGGUGACCUCCUUGGAGCAGGAGGUGCACAGGCUGAAGCGCGAGGCGGAGGAGAGCCAGCGGGAGCUGCAGCGGCUGACGAAGCAGGAGGCAGAAAACGGACUGCUGUCCAAGGAGAACCUGGAGCUCCGCUGCUCCCUGGAGAGCCUGCGCUCCUCAUCCACCCGCCUCACCACUGUGCAAGAGGAGCUCCAGGAGGCACAGAGGGAGAUGCAGGAGUUGCAGAGGAGGCUGGAUCAAGCUGGGGAGGAGGCGCAGGGAGAGAGGAAGAGAGCGGAGAGACUGGAGGUGAACCUGGCAGCUCUGAACCAGGAGAAGCAUCACAUAGAGGAGGAGAUGGAGAAGAGCAAAGAGGAGAGGGUGGAGGAAGAGAGGAGGCGGCAGGAGGCAGAAAGCAGAGAGGAGGACCUGAAGAGGGAGGUGGAGGAGCUGAAGGAGGAGCGGAGGAGGCGAGUGGAAGGAGACGAGGAGAGGAAGAAGCUCCAGCUGGACCUGGAGCAGUCGGAGAAGGGCCGGAAGCAGCUGGAGAAGGAGAGCUGGAGGAUGAGGACGCUCCUGGAGGGGAAGGAGACGGAGCUGGAGGAGAAAACCAGGAGGCUCACCGAGGUCACGAAGGAGGGAGGAGCUCUCAAGAAGGAGGUGGAGCGAAUGAAGGAGGCGGCGGUGAAAGCAAAGGAGGUGGAGCGAGAGAACAAGGAGCUUCAGAAACAAGCGACGAUCGACAAGAGGACGCUGGCCACGCUCAGAGAGGAGCUGGUGUCGGAGAAGCUGAGCGUUCAGCAGCAGAAGGUCGAGCUGGAGCGACUGAACGAAGAGCUGGAGAAGAUCGGACUGAACCGGGAGAAGCUGCUGCAGCAGGAGCACACGCUGGAGGACAGCAGGUACAGGCUGCUGGAGUCUCGGCUGGAGGAAACCGUCCAGCAGACCAUGAAGGUCAAGGAGGAGAAAAUCUCCAGCCUGGAAAAGAAGCUGGAAGAAAGCCGCGCCCUCAACAAGACGCUCCACGCGGAGCUGGAAGCUGCUCGUCAGACGGCGUCCGCCUCGCAUCAGCGGCACGAGGAAGUAAACCACAACUCCCAGCAGCACCCGGCGGCUGACCGCAGCGCCACGGCCGAACUGCUGCGAAUCAAAGAUCACCUGAUCGACGUGGAGAAGAACAACGCCUCCCUGCAGACGGAGAGCAGUCUGCUGAAGGAGCAGCUGAAGCAGCUGGAGAACCAGAACACUUCCCUCAACAACCAGAUGGCGGCGCUGCAGCGGCACACCACCACGCUGCAGGAGCAGAACUCGGCGUUGCACACGCAGACGGCGAAGCUGCAGGUGGAGAACUCCACCCUCUCCUCUCAGAGCGCCUCUCUCAUGGCCCAGAAUGCCGUGCUGCAAGGCCAGGUGACCGCCCUGGAGACGGAGGUGGAGUCGUGGCAGCGGCAGCGCGAGGAGGCGUGGCGAGCCAGAGAGGGCGUGCUCAGCGAUCACGAGCGCCUGCUGAGCGUUCACGAGAGGCAGGCUCACGAGUACGAGCAGCUGAUCAGUCAGCACGCGGCGCUGAAGGGCAAACAGAGGGCGCUGGAGAGCGAGCACAGGACGCUGCACGGCAAGUACUGUGCACUGCUGCAGCAGAAGGAGAAAUGGGAGGAGCAUGAGGGGCGUGGCCUGAAAGAGAAGGAGGAGCUAAACCUGGAGAUCCAGAAGAACCGCCUCCUGCAGCAGGAAAACCUCCAGCUGAAAACAGAUGUGGACAGACUCUCCGAGAGCCAAUCACAGCAGGCGGAGCAGAGCAAGGGGCUCCAGCAGCGACUCAACGAACUCAAGAGCUCUUUAGGCUCCGCCCAGCUGGAAGUGAGUCAGUGGAUGGCGCGAUACGAUUCGCUGAUGGAGCAGAACCAGACGCUGGAUCUCACCAUGACCAAACUAGACAACCACUGUGAGCUCCUGAGUCGCCUUAAAGGGAACCUGGAGGAGGAGAACCACCACCUGCUGAGCCAGAUCAACCUGCUGAGUCAGCAGAACCACACGCUGCUGGAGAGGAGCAUGGAGAGCAAGGAGCUGUACCACCAGGAGCAGAAGCUCUACAUUGAUAAGCUGAACGCUCUCCGUCGUCAGAAGGAGAAACUGGAGGAGAAGAUCAUGGACCAGUACAAGUUCUACGACCCCACGCCUAAAAAGAGGAGUCAGUGGGCCGGAGCCAAAGCUUUAGUCAAACUCAUCAAACCCCGAAAGGAGAGCAGCCGGGAGAGCGGGGCCGAGAGGGAGCGGACUAAGAGCGCCCCGGACAUCCCCCUACCAGCCACGCCCCCCCUCCUGCCCCCCGAGACCCCGCCCCCUCCACCCCAGAGGACCCUCAGUGACUCGCAGGGCGGCGGCCAUAACAGCCCGGGCCCCCAGAGUCCAUCUGUGACCCCCAUCAGCCGAGGCUUGGCGGACAGGGGCCGGGGCGUUUAUCACAGCAGCACGCCAGGAGGAAGCAGCGAAAGCGUCAACGGAGAAGAUGCACAGGGACCAGGUCAGACCCAUAAAAUCCAUCUGAGCUCCACUCCGAGCCAUCUGUCGUCUUCGCUGGGCUUCACCGGCAGCUCCGCCUCCAGGCUGGGGCAGAUCGCCGGGCGCAGGCCCAGAGGCCCGUUACUGGACGAAGACUCGCGCCACAACGCCUCGGACCCGGCGUUCGGAGGUCGCCCAGGGUCAGCCGACUUCAGCCACAACACGUCCAGCUCCAACUCACCUGUGAGCUGCAGAGAUUUCUCGGAACGCCAGGGCCGCUCCGCUAGCCUCUCCAGUGACGACGUCACAGGUCUCAGCCAAUCACAGCUGACCCUGUCGCGAAGCUCCACCCUUCCAUAUGACCACGCACCCCAGAGGGCCCAGCCACAACGUGGAGGCGGAGUCAGAAGCAAGACCCGCCCUGCUUCUCCUGGAAGUGAGAUGGUGACGCUGGAAGAGUUCCUGCAAGAGAGCAACCUGCAGUCUCCUCCUGUGGUGUCCACAGGAAGCAGAGAGGACCUGGUGACAGACUAUUUUGCUAGAAGCCCCGCCCCCUCAGCUCCUGCCUGCAGAGAUCAGGCGACGCCCACCAGCUAUGUCACGCCCACCGUGCAGUCGUCCAAUCAGAGGCCGGGACAGAGUGUGAAGCCCUCGCCCCGUCAGCCCGUGGGCCAGUCGCCAGCCUCGGGUCAGAGAAGCAGCCAAUCGCUGAGCAGGACCUUCAGCCUGGCCUCGGCCGACCUGCUGCGCUCCAACGGGCCGGACAGCUUCAGAGGACACGACGGCUCCCCCGGCCAGGCCGACACCGUGGUGCGGCGUCAAGGAGGCGGGACCACUGGGAGAGAGCGGCCGCUGUCGGCUCGUUUUACCGCUCUGUCCAAUCAGCACGCAGAUAGCAGCUUCCUGAACCCGCCCAUCCACCACUCCGCCUCCCUGAACCUGCAGGCGGAGCGCUACGCGGAGCGAGAGCGGGACCGAGGGCGGAGCGCCGCCUCCCGAAACGGCCCUCACCGUGGAGAAAUUGCCAUGGUAACCCCAGUGAGAGCGACGCCUGCCGUGCAGCCUGACGACACCCCCGAGUACGCAGAGGUCCCGAGGGAGGGGCGGUUGGGCGACUCCGCCCACACGAAGAAGGAUGGCGAGAGAGGGAGGUGCGGCUCUGUGGAAUGCCCAAAGAGCACGCCGGCAUCACCCGACCCCAACAACGACCCGCAGACUGUGUGGUACGAGUACGGCUGCGUCUAAAUACCGGAGCGUCACGCCCUGCAUCCAGCCUCACAGACAGGAAGUGAGACUGAAGCAACGCCACCUUUCACGUCACAGUUUCACAGUUUUUGCUGAUGCCAUGACACUAUCAGCGCUCCCCACAGGGGGGCGGGGCUUACCGGAGCGGGACGUUUCCUGAAAACAUCUUUUUUGGAUUCUAUAGUGACGCCAAGCUGACGCUCCGUCUCUAACACACAGAGAAGACGCUGCUCCAUCACCUCCACCCUGCAGCCACCACAACACUACGAGCGGCCCUGUCUAACUGCUGGACUCUCUGCAGGACCGCCGCCUGAAUGUACAGGACGCCACAUUCCCCGCCUCCAACAUCACGCCAAACACUGGAAAAGACACAGGAGGGGUAGGAGGGGUGGGGGGUAAACAGGACGGGCGGAGAGCCUCCUCCCUUUUAAAUUACAGCCCUGCUCCAUCCAUCUUUAGAUUCUAUCCCAGCAUGCAACGCUCUGACACUUUACUGGAAAUGUUGCUCAACCCAAGCCGACACUAGACACACACACACACACAUAUUUAUAUAAUGAUAGAGAGACACACAGGCUUUGUCCUCGGGGGGUUUCUGUGGCUUCUCUGCCUGCUCAGCUGGAUUUAAUUCAAACACACACACACAGACACUCACACACACACAGACACACUCACACACACACAGACACACACUGAGGUUUGGAGCCUGUGGCUGAGAGUAAAAUCAUUCACGUGUUUCCUCUGAGCUGUAACAGCCACUGUUUGGUGUUUGUGUUAAUUAUAGAUGGAACACACACACACUUCAUUCCCGGAUUCACGCUCGUUUGCAUAAUUGGUGAUUGUCUGUUUGUCUCAGAGGUCAGAGGUCACGUGAAUGAUUUUAGUGUUUUUCCCUCUGGCUGAGCUCACAGACACUUUGGGGAGGAAGAGGAGGCACAAUGACUGAAGGUGUGUCUCACACACAGCUGAUUAUAUUUAAUGACUGACCUUUGACCUGCUGUUUCAAAGCACUACAUUAAUGAUGAUGAUGAUGGUAGAGAUGAAGAUGUAACACUGGAGUUAUGAAAUGAAGACUGAGCUGAUAUGAGUUAAAUUAUUCCUCCUGGAAUUUGUACGUGUUUGAUGAUUUAUUUUUUUUACUUUACUUUGAAAAUACCAAAUGACUUCCUGUGUGUGUGGCGGCGCUGCAGGUCGAUGAUGUCAUGUUACCUGUGCGUUUGCUCUUUUUGUGUUUGCUGUAAAGUCGACCUGUUCUGCUGGUUACUGCUGCACCUGUGAGAGUGGCUGAGCAUGAGUCUCAGCUCAGAAUAAUGCUUCUGUGUCUGAGCCAUCCUCUGUCUGAAUCAGGCUGCUUUAGCUCCUCCCUCUGCGAGACAGGAUUCAUACAUACACAUCAUGCUCAUUUCUCAGCAGCCAAUUAAAUCCUCAGGCUUCAUCACCAAUCAGAUCACGUUAUAAGAAUAUCUGAGAGCGAGCGAGGUGGCUGUUAGAAAACUUUCUUCUGAUUGGUUGCCCCUCACAAACAGUUUGAAUGCAGGUGGGUGGGGCCUCUGUGACACCUUUGUGACAUCACUUAGAUCACCUGUGCAUGCAGCAGGUGGGUGACGUUAAGAAGAACAGUUCGACUUUAUGGUCUCUUCCUACUUCCUGUGUGCUCGCCGCAAAGCGUCAUCUUUCAUCAGGAGGAGGAAGUGAAAGAGGAAGUGGCGGCGUCAGUGACGUUCCUGCUGUAACUGGAUUUGCUGUAGUUCACUUUAAGACGAUUUCUGCUGCGGUCGCUGCAGACGCGCAGAGGCUGAGAGCAGAAACACGUCAAAGCUUUUUGCUAAUAAAGAUUUUUAACCUUU